AUGCCCUGGAGCACACUGGAGUCCGUGGGCGACCAAUCCGAGUUCGUGAACAACCUGAGCGCCAUCUUCUCCAACUCCAUUCCCAUGCUCGCAGGGCUGCUCUCGCCGCUGCACUUCCACUUCUUCCUUGAUAAGCUGGCAGCAUCGUUCGCCCCGCGCUACUAUGCCACCGUCUUCAAGGCCAAGCGCCUCUCCGGCACCGGCGCGCAGCAGAUGCUGCUGGACACGCAUGGCAUCAAGACCAUUCUGCUCGAGCUGCCUGCACUGGGGGGCCUGGCCGCCACAGCAGCUUACAGCAAGUAUGUGACGCGCGAGAUGGGGCGAUCAGAGGCGCUGCUCAAGGUGAGAUGGGGCGAUCAGAAGCGCUGCUCAAGGUGGUGCUGGCCCCGCAGGAGAACCUGGUGGACACGUACCGCACGCUGCUGCCCGAUGGCUCCGCUGCUGACUUCCUGCGCACGCUCGACCUCAAG